GUGCUGGCGACACCGGCGCACUGAAGAUCGCAGAAGGAAACAGCAGUUGUGUGCUUCCUUUCCUGAGUCAACUGAAGGCGUGCCCGCCAAUGGGUAUUAACAACUUGCCCGCGUUGUAAAUAUUUAGAAUGAUAGUAAUGUAAAUUAUGCGCUUCCUUGGCGGGAGUCAAACAGAAAGUGAAAGAAGCUUCUUCCGGAUAUCGAAAUGAUUGAAAUAGCAGACGGCAGCGACAGUGACGACGACGACUCUGAUGUGGAGUUUGUUGGCGAGUUUAACAACCCUGAAAGGUGCAGCUCGCCACUGGGUAGCUGUCUGGGGACCCUAGAUUCUGAAAGCUCGUCAUUGGAUAUUAUUGACCUUACCCAAAAUGACAGUGGACAUUAUCAGAGACGAAGAAAUAAGACAAACUCAUUUGAAGUGACUGAAAUAAUAGAUGAUGAUGUGACUCCUGCAUCUGUCAUUGGGGCUGGCAGACCCUGGAUUCUUAUAGAAGAGCCUGAAGUUUUGAUUGAUCUUACAGAAAACACUACCACCGAAAAUCAAAGAAGCUCACAUUCUGUGGAUGUUGUUGAACUUGAGGAUGAAGAGUUGUGCAGUACACACAGUGAGGACAGCAAACAUUUUCUCAGUUUUAAAGACAAUCCAUGGGUUUCUGGGGAAAUUUUUAAAGGUAGCAAAAUGCUUCAAGGAGAUGAUGUGUUUUCCACUUCUUCACUUAGCUUGUCUUCAGACUCUGAUUGUUCAUUUCUUCUGCCUACUGCCUACUACUUGAAUGACUCCAGAUUAGAAUUUCUAGAACAACAUGAUAAAAAGAAAGAGACAAACUAUAAUUUGAAUGCCCUUGGGGAAGAUGGCAACAGUUCUAACCUAAAUGCUUUGGGGGAAAUUAGCAGCCCACCUGAAAACAUGUAUGCACCUGCAUACUUCUGUAAUGAAGAAAUUGAAAAACAUAAAGAAGGCUGCAAUCAGAGUGAAAAAAUCUUUUCAGAGACUGCCUGUUCUAUACAGCUGUCUAACGAGCAGACACAAAUGCCUAAGUUGGAAAGGUAUGACGAUUCAGUACAAUGCAAUUUUAACAAUGACAGCCUUUCUGAUGUUUUAACAGCCAGUACUAACGCACAGUUGUGUACUGAGUUCAUCCUUAAUAAAUUACUUCACAGUAGUUUGGCAAAUAUAGCAUCUUCCGAAUGUUUGGAUGAACCUUCUACCUUCAACCAAGAAAAAUUCACUUUUGGUGGAAUUUCUCCAGGUGUUUCCUGUAUAAGUGCACUUAGUAAUGCACCAUCCACAGACCCUCUCAAAAGCAACUGUACACAUCUGCUGGAAUCCAAAAACCGGAGUAACACACCCUGGCCCAAAAUACAAAAUUCAUCAUCCAUGAAGAGCAGCUGUUUUGAGAACAUGUCGUCGUCGUCUUCUUCCUCUCCUCUAAUUGAGCAGUCAGACAGUGAUUCUGGGAUUUGCUAUGUGGACCAAAAACAACUACAAUGGCACAGGCUCAAUACGGGAAAUCCAGUACAGCACAUUUUCCCCAGGUUUACUGCUGACAAUGAGAAUCCAGAAGAAAUGCAUGGGAGUGAAGGUGAUGAGGAAAAUCGCUGCUGGAGUUCAAGGCAUAGAAGUCUGAAGCCUGAGCCAAUGAGCUCAUGGAGACUGCGUUUGGUUGAAAGCACAAUUGAAGAAAAAUAUCCCAAGGGGACACUGGAGUUUCUUUUUGAUUUUGUGAGCCCUGAAUACUAUCCACCAAAUUCUAUUAUCUCUCAUGUUCUAUGUGGAAUUCUGUUAGAUCCUAAUUCAGAAGAGCUGGUUACUGAAGCAUACGGUCUCCUCAUGAAAAUCCAGCAGCUUCAUCCUGCAGGUCUUUCUACAGUGCAGUGGGACUGGGAGCUUCUGUCUUCAGUAAUGAUGGAUAAGGAAUGUCAGCUGUCUCUUGCCACUCAACGUAUGUUUCUGCAGUAUGUUGUUCAGACUUUGAGUGAUGAUUUUCAAAUGAAUGUCAUUCUCCAGUCACUUCAGCUUUCAAUUGUCAAGUCAACUCUCUCCUGUGAUAAGAAGUUUGUGAAUGUCAGGAAUGUGGUGGACUGGUUAUUUACUUUUGUGAUAAGCUCUACAAGCAGUGAAGAAAGUAAAAAGCAAACUGAAAAUAAAAAUGAGACAUUCAAAAGAAAAGAUGCACAAGAAAGGCUGAGCAUGAUAUGCCUUCUUCAAAAGAUGUUAAAAUUGGCAAUGGAAGUGGACCGCUCCCCUACAUGCAGCUCCAGCAAGCUGUCACAGGAACUAUUUCAGAGUAUGGCCAACAUUGUUACCAGUCGCCAACAAAGAGCACUUUUUUUGACAUCUUUGGAUAGCCCACUGCUUUGCUGCAAAGUUCUUGAACUGUAUUUGAACAACCUUUGCCUUUGCAAAACAACUCAGCCUCUGUCCCUGAACCUUAUUUUGCACUUUCUUCAUCAUGCCAGACUUCCACUGGACAGUGAGGUAUAUGAUGACCAGAAUGCCUGUUGGAUCAUUGCACAAACACACUAGAAUAUUUUUUGGGAAGCCUCAAGAUUCUCAUUUUAAAAAGUUGGAACAAUUUACUUCUGUAAGUAGCAUGCUUUGUUUCCAAAUGUCUUUAUAGUUGGGAAGCCUUCAUAAUUUCUUUUGGCAGUACCAUACCGCAGAUAACACAAAACAGCAGGUGAUGAAAAGAAAGUCUAUACCUCAGAAAAUCUAACAUUCCUGUCUGGUUUAGGUUUUUGGGCUGAAUCUUGUGAGGUGGAUACAGAAUUGGCAGAGUUCGGAGUACAUGAUGCUAUGGGGCAUUUGAGGAACUUGAAGCAUGUGGUGUAUAACAGGCUGUCAUCUUGACUUGUGUCAGUCAUUUCAAUUCCUCAGUUUGCAAAGGAAUGUCCCUUUGAACUGAAAUCUGCAAUUAUUAGUCCCCUAAAACAUUAAAGUAAUGGCUGCUUUCAUUUUUUUAAAACUUAACCUGCUUUGUUAGAUUACUUUUAUACCAAAAUUGCUUUUCUUCAAAACUCUUUUAAUUUUU